AUGAACAAGACUAAAGGGGCCUUCGAGAGCCUGGAGCUUUGGAGCCCGGGUCUCAUGCAGAGCGCCAGCGCGGCACCACCGCUUGCGUUUGGCCGGCAGACCAUGGACAAAGCCCUGGACGCCGUCCUUGUCGUGGUCCUCUUCGUCGUCAUGUUAUCUCUGGGGUGCACGAUGGAGAUCGCCAAGAUCACAACCCACCUCAGGAAACCCAAAGGCGUGGCAAUUGCUGUAGUGGCUCAGUAUGGCGUCAUGCCCUUGACAGCGUUCUUGCUGGGCAAGCUCUUCCAGCUGGGCGCCACGGAAUCCCUGGCCAUCCUCAUCUGCGGCUGCUGCCCCGGGGGAAACCUCUCCAACAUCUUUAGCCUGGCGCUGAGAGGGGACAUGAACCUCAGCAUUGUCAUGACCGCGUGCUCGACAGUCCUGGCAAUCGGACUAAUGCCUCUGCUUCUGUACCUUUACUCGGGAGGACUGUACGAAGGCGAUUUGGAGGGAAAAGUGCCUUACAAAGGAAUAAUCACCUCCCUGGUCCUCAUGCUAAUCCCCUGUGCCAUCGGCAUCAUCCUGAAUGAGAAGAAACCGCAGCACGCUGGCUUGAUCAUCAAGGCAGGGAUGGUUGUGCUUCUGCUGUCAUCUGCUGCAAUAAUCAUCCUGUCUGUGGCCAAUGUGGGAAGUGGUAUCAUGGCUGUCUUCUCACCAUCCCUCCUGGGAUCUUCUGCCUUGAUGCCUUUUAUCGGAUUCCUACUGGGCUACGUUCUCUCUGCAGCCUUCAAGCUCGAUGACCGAUGCAGGCGGACCGUGUGCGUGGAAACUGGCUGCCAGAACGUACAGCUUUGCUCGACUAUCCUCAAGGUCGCCUUCGCCCCAGAAAUCAUCGGCCCCCUGUACUUCUUCCCACUGCUCUACUUGCUGUUCCAGCUUGGAGAGGGCCUUCUGCUCAUCCUGACCUUCAGGAUCCGCGACAGAAUAAAGAAACCAAAAGAUCUGGACCUCGAUCUCGAUCUCGAUCUCGACCUUGACCUCUGUCGAUCCACGGAUGACGGGGAUUUUGAUCUACUGGAAGAACCACGUUUCUGGCUCUUCUCUGGCACUGGAGAUCUACUAACCGAGCGAGACUUGCUACGGCUCCUACUCCGUGACCUGCUGUAA